AUGCAUUGCAUGGAUCAAAAAGAUUACAUGGAAGACCAAAAUGAAACAACAAAGAAUGUCUUAGAGUUUGUUAUGCGAACAAUUAAACAAUCAAUAGAUUCUGAAAAUAUAUCUAAAGAUACUUUAGAUAAAACAGUGCAUUGUAAUAUUUUAAAGAUACAAAACUAUAUAGCACAGAAUAUACCUACAACGAAAUCGCCUAUGCUUGAUAUGCUAUUAUAUAAUAUACUUCUUUCAUAUAGAAGGAUUAUUAAGAAGAAAAUAAGCAUUGCAUCGAUUAUUAAAAAGCAGAAUACCGAUAUAACAUAUUUAAUAACCAAUCUCAAGGAUAAACUAAAAGAAAUGCCAAUAGAAAAGGUAAAAAUGUUAUCUGUAUCUGCAAAUGAACAUAAAUCAAAAUCUGUAAGCAAUCCAGAGGAUAACGAAGCAGCAUCUAGUAAAGUUGAACGCCACACGCAUAGCGGGAAAAGAAUGAAUUAUCCUAAGACAAUAACAAAAAUACUAAAAACGUGGCUAUCUAAACACAUAGACAAUCCAUAUCCAGAUGAGGUUGAGAAAAAAUACUUAAUUUAUAAAACUGGCCUUGGAAAUACACAAAUUAAUAAUUGGUUUAUUAAUGCAAGAAGACGAAUACUUCCGAAAUUAUUUCAAAAACAACAAUCUAUAGAAAAAUAUGCCUAA